UUUAUGAUUUAGACCUCAGUGGGUGAGCGGUUUCUUUUUACUUCGUCUCAAAUCUGAACCGGUCAAGCUCGGCUAGCACGCAUGCUAAUGGCACGGAAACUAUCGAUAGUGGCAAGAUGGCAUGUCAGCUCAACGCAGAGAUGGAGUGAGUGAAGGUGCUAAUCUUUGCGAGCCGUCCAACUUAAUACCCAGAUAAAGUUAGAUUUAUUAUCCAAGAAGAUAAAUAAAAAAAAGUCCAUGCGGCGACUGGGUCAGAAAUCUGGAUUACCACCGCAAACAAAGAACUUGAUUUAGUUAGCUAAACUGUUAGCUAACUAAAUAGAAAGUUUUUCUGCUGUCCGCUAUGUCUGGAAGCGAGGAUGACAGAGAUGAUUACGGAGCCCCCGAUGACCGGUUACUGCACGAUGACGAGGAAGAGGAGAUCUCGGAGAGCGAGACUCCGAAGGUGAAGAAGAAGAAGAAGGCCAAGAAGAGUCGAGAGAGCAAGGGCAGCAAGAGGCGGUCACGCAGAGAGGAGCUUCCUAUCAGCUCCCCAGAGCCCAUGGACGUGGGCGGGGUGGAGGAGGCGGAAGACGGCGUGACUGCCCAGCGCUCUGACAGCGAGGGUAGCGACUACACUCCUGGACGCAAAAAGAAGAAGAGAGCCAGCAGCGGCAAAGAAAAGAAGAGGAGCAGUGGUGGGGCCGAAAGGAGCGCCUCCAAGAAGAAAGACCCGGAGCCCGAGGAAGAUGAUGAUGAUGAUGACGACGACGGCUCGGUGAGGAGUAGUUUUAGUGAAGUUUCUUACACAUGUGCACUGAUAAAAGCUUAGUUGUUAAUUAAAAAA